GUCAGUGAGAAGGUCGGGGGAGCUGAAGGGACCAAGCUAGACGAUGACUUCAAGGAAAUGGAAAAGAAAGUGGACCUGACCAGCAAGGCGGUUACGGAAGUAUUGACCAGAACAAUAGAGUACCUCCAGCCCAACCCAGGUGAGACCCGGGACCUCUCCUGUCGCAUUCCUUCUGCCCCCACUUUUUCAGGAAAAGAGGCAGAGCCUGCUGUCCUGCGUGCUUCCAGCCAGCUCGCCCAGAGAGCGCUCCAGUACGGCAAGGAGCUGGGCGAGGACUCCAACUUCGGCGACGCACUUCUUGACGCCGGCGAAUCUAUGAAGCGGUUGGCCGAAGUGAAGGACUCGCUGGAUAUCGAGGUCAAACAAAAUUUUAUUGAUCCCCUCCAGAACCUGUGUGACAAAGACCUGAAAGAGAUCCAGCACCAUCUCAAGAAGCUGGAAGGCAGACGCUUGGACUUUGACUACAAGAAGAAACGACAGGGCAAAAUCCCCGAUGAGGAGCUCCGACAGGCCAUGGAGAAAUUUGAAGAGUCCAAGGAAGUAGCGGAGACCAGUAUGCACAACCUCCUAGAAACUGAUAUCGAGCAGGUGAGCCAGCUCUCAGCCCUGGUGGACGCCCAGCUGGACUACCACAGGCAGGCAGUGCAGAUCCUGGACGAGCUUGCGGAAAAACUCAAACGCAGAAUGAGGGAGGCCUCCUCGCGUCCCAGGCGGGAAUACAAGCCCAAACCCAGGGAGACGUACGACUUCGGAGACACUGACCAAUCUAACGGGGGCUUCUCUUGCAAUCCUACCCCCAAAGUCUCAGCAGCUUCCUCCUCUUUCCGAUCCGACAAGCCGUCCCGGGCCUCCGUCAGGAGUAUCC